CUUCCUGAUGGUAAACUUAUAUCGCCAUAAUGAAACAAAAAAAUGUACCUCGUAUGUCAACAAAAGUAAGGUUGUAGAUAUGAGGUGAAAUCUAGGAAAGUGGAGAUUAUCAUGAAUACUAGAGGUUCCUCGGCUAAGUAUCAAGUCUUGGAAUCCUCUAGUCUAAAAUGUUGCAUUGUGGGAGAUACAAAGUCUGGCAAGACAGCCCUCGCCUUUCGUAUCCAGGCUCAGGAAUUCAGGGCCGACUACUCUGCCACUUCUUUUGAUAACUAUUCAGUCACAUCAAUGGUUGAUGGUACGCCAUAUCAUCUUAGUUUAUUUGACACAGCUGGAAAUCACGAUAUGGUCCAGCUUCGAUCUCUAUCUUAUGACAAAUCAGAUGUUGUGCUUGUAUGUUUCUCGUUGGCGGAUCCUGUCAUGUUUGUGAAUGUGGAGAAAUUCUGGGUGAAUGAGAUCCGCUCCUAUCUUCCACAUACCCCCUUUCUGCUUGUUGGUACUCACUUGGAUCUAAGGGACCAACGAUCUAGUACAGCAGGAGACAAUCUCGUUGUUUCAGACAUUGUGAUUCCAAGAACACGUGUUUCGGAUAUGGCAACUCGUCUUGGCACUGCUGGGUAUGUAGAAUGUUCCUCUAAAACUGGCGAGGGGAUCGAAGAAUUAAUAAAAGAACUUGUAGUGGCUGCCCACUUCCGGCCAAAAGAAAAUACGACAAAUGAAUGUUGCUGCUCUGUGAUGUGAACUUAAAUGUUAAAUAGUGUAUGACUUUAUCAAACUUGUAAAUAAAUAAAUAAUUUAUGUGAAUAGAUAACCAGAAACUGGUCAACACAAA